UAGCUGUGAGUGUCCUUCGAAUGAUGAAGUGCGAAGAGAUUGUAAGCUCCCGGUCCUGCAGUUGCUUAAUCUGCAACACAUGUGCUGCAUUUGUCAAAAGUUGCGUCACGUGCCCGUUCCGCGUAGUCCGGUCGAGAAAAACGUGAGAAGCGGCGCAGCCAGUGAAAACAACGUCUAGUGUAAACUGUUUUAUCGCCAGCGACUUCGACGCGCGUGCGGAAGAGCUUCGCACAGGGUUUCGCAGUCGAGCGAUGCGCAUCUCGAUUCCUUGCACGCGUGAGAUUAUGAAAUAGGUGUCAAGUACUGCAGUCCUUGGCCGUAUACGUGCCGUGAGAAAGUUUUGAGGCAUGACUGCCGUCGCAUGACCGUGUACUGCCCAUCAACGGUGUCGUGAGGCCGAAAGCACGGUAAUGAGAGAGGUAAUAGCGGUAAACAUUCUCAACUUCUGGGAAAUAACUUUUUGUGCGAUUGUAAGCGGAAGACGCAGACGGCUUCAGUGCCUCCUAUACAGAGGCGACCCGCUAGCACAGUACGAGAUACUGCCGUGGGAACAGGUUUCCGGCAAACCGUAGGAUUCUUCACAUUCUCAGUAUAAAGGUCAUUGAACUGCGCGCAUCAUAUGGUCGCCAGCUCCACGUUCAAGUGCAAGGUCAGUCAUGCGGAGACAACAACCUGAGACAAUUUUCUUUUAAGCGCGUUAGCACGAAGACGGCCUCUUGUACUGCAAGAAAACUGCUUGGUGACAGAAGAUAGCGAACAUUCAUUGAUGUAAAAACGAAUUAAAGUGAAUUUAGAAGGUGUCAGCUAAGCACCGAGCACAAUUAUAUCUUUACUAGAAAACUGACCUUUGCAAUAUACAGUGUGAUACUUAGUGAUUUCUCACUUCUAGCAUCUAGCGAAAUUGUUUGGCAACAUCAUCAUCAUCAGAGAUGUACAAAUUAUAAUCUUCUUUCUUGCCUUCCUUUACUCAGUAAUGUAAUGGUAGUGAGCAUGAACAGAGAUAUACAACAUAUUUUUAAAAAAGUUUUUGAUGAAAGAUGCAAGAGUGCACCCAGAAUACGAGCCCUGGUUCAGUAUGCUUUGACAAGUAAGUGGUGUAUUACAUCGCUGCUGUUCAGGAAUCACUUGGUGUCUUGUAAUUUGGAAGUCCUGCCAGCCCACAACAUUACAGCAUUGUAUCACAAAAUGGCAAAUUUUAGCACUGUAUUUGUAACUGGAGGUGCUGGUUACAUUGGAAGUCACUGUAUUGUAGAACUACUUGAGGCUGGAUACAGUGUCAUUGCCAUUGAUAAUUUUGCAAAUUCUGUGAAUGGAGAACAUGGAGAAGCACCUAGUCUGAAGAGAGUAGAGCAAAUAACAGGGAAACCAGUGACAUUCUAUCAGUGUGAUCUUUUGGACAAGUCAAAACUAGAAGAGAUAUUUAGUAAACACAAGAUUGACUGUGUUAUUCAUUUUGCAUCAAUGAAAGCAGUUGGAGAAUCGAUGCAAGUUCCACUGCUGUAUUACAAAAAUAACAUUGUCGGGACUAUCAACCUACUUGAGGUUAUGAAACAAAAUAACUGUUACCAACUGGUAUUCUCAAGUUCAUGCACUGUGUAUGGUAAUCCAGAGUAUUUACCAAUAACAGAAGAGCACCCAACAGGUGAAGUCACAAAUGUUUAUGGACGGACAAAAUAUUUCAUAGAGGAAAUGCUGAAGGAUAUAAGUGCAGCAGAAAAGAACUGGAAUAUAAUAUCACUACGAUAUUUCAAUCCUGUUGGUGCACAUCCAUCAGGAUUAAUUGGAGAAGAUCCUACAAAAGCAUUUACCAAUUUGAUGCCAUAUAUGGCACAAGUUGCCAUUGGCAACAAAGAGAGCCUUACCAUUUUUGGUGGUGAUUAUGACACGGUGGAUGGAACAGGGGUACGAGAUUACAUACAUGUAAUGGACUUAGCAUCUGGGCAUGUUGCAGCCCUGGACAAACUGAACAAGGAACAUCUAAGGUUAAAAGUUUAUAAUCUUGGUUUGGGUACGGGAUUAUCCGUGAAAGAACUUGUACACGAAUUUGAGGAAGUGACAGGUGUACACAUUCCAUAUGCUUUGGGUCCAAGGAGAGUUGGAGAUGUGGACAGCCUGGUCUGUGAUGGAAGUCUGGCAGUAACAGAGCUGCAGUGGCAGCCCAAAUAUGAUGUUAAAAUGAUGUGCAGAGAUUUUUGGCGUUGGCAGACAAUGAACCCCAAUGGAUAUCGCAGUGAGACAGCUACUGCAGCAAAAUUGAAUGGAACUACUCUGGCAGUGAAUGGAAAACAACUGAACGGGCAUUAGUCUCCUCAAUGACCAUGGACACUGUGAUAGUCAUAUUUUCAUGAGAAUCCUACGAGGCACAAAUAAUAGUGCAUUGUACAUGGUAUGGCAGUUCCAAUAAUGUCAAUAUACACCUUUUCAAUGCACAUGGCAACUAAACCCUGGAAAUGUUACACACUAAAACAUUUUUAAUGUGUAACGUAAUUGUAGCCUCUUAAAUCACAAUUUCCAGUAUUAUUCAAUUAGUGCUUUACUUUUAUCAUUGCCAUUAUUAAUGUGAAAACAGAUUGGAACUGUAUUAUAUUUUUAAGUCUCAGAAGAGAACCACAGUAUGUAAAAAUGUAUAUUGGAUUUUUAAUUGGUACAGCAUUUAUGCACCAUCUCGAAUGCUCAGUAAAUGUUGAUUCAUAAUUCAUAUUCAUUUUCAUUUCAUUUCAAUUUCUUUGGACCAAUUAAUGUGAUUUGGUACUGUUUUAAUUUCAAAAUACAAUUACAAGGCACUGUGGGAUACAAACUUAUGUAUUUUGAACUAGAAAUGAUACCUGGAUGUAAUCACAUUAUUAUUCAACAAGUUUUAUCAUGAACAGUUACAUGGUAACUUUGGAUGUAAUCACAAGAAAGGAAUAAUAAAGUGGAAUUAAGUCUUA